CAUCUAUAUCAAAAGUUGGCUGAAUAUAAUAAAGCAAAAAAGCUUUUUAUGAGUUUAAUAGAUCUUGAUUAUAAACCUGGCUAUAGAAAACAUACGUAUUAUAAAUAUUUGCUUUCAUUUAAUAAUAAAAAUAAUACUGCACUUUUAGAAGUAUACCAUCCUGAAGAGAUUUAUUUUCAAUAUAUUAUCUGGAUAGAAGAAAAAGGUUUUACAUUAGUUGAAUAUCCUUUCAAAGUUUAUAAAAUAGUUGAUUCCUAUGAGUAUAUUGACAGAAAUCAACCUCUUUGCCCAAUACUUGAUAUUGAUACUAGACAGAAACCCAAUUCCACCAAUUCUGAACUACCUUCUUUAGAUAGUAAAAAAAAUUUUUGUAAAGAUUUAAUAUCUAAAAUAUUGAUUGCUUAUAUAGAUACAUUAAGUCUUAUACCAGAAUAUAUACUUUUCUUGCAAUCUUUUGCAUUAGCAAAACUUAAAGGCUUUAUGAAAAAAGUUAUGGAAUUAGUAGAAGAGCCAUAUUCUAAAUUCAUUAAUAAUGAAUUCAAAAAUCUAGAAAACUAUUUAGUUCAGCCUAAAGAGAAUUAUUCUGUAAUUUGGCCACGAACCUUUUUUUCUGAGGAGCUAGUAAAAGAAGAAUUCUGA